UGCUGCUCUUUUCAUGGGAGUUCUCGGUUAUGAAUUCGGGGAUCGCCUGUCGCAUUUUCUUCUCGUUCUUGAUUGUCUCGUGGGAAGCAGAGUUUGCCCCGAUUGAGCUCGACCCUGGUCCUUUUUCAUGUCUUUCGUUGCCUUUGCUUUUCCUUUUUCGUCGGAAGCAAUCUCUAGAUGACAGGAUUGGAGACACCGAUGUUUGUGGACUUUGGGAUUGGUUCAUUUCUCGUACGAUCAUGCGACGCGAAGCUUGAAUAUCAAUGACAAAUGGCAGUGAUGAUGAUGCUUUAGUCUCAGGGGAUAACUUUAUUGGGAAGCUUCCUGACCAUCUCUUGAUAGAAAUUUUCGUCCGGGUCCCUGUCAUAGAGUGGGCACAGAUAUCUUGUGUUAGAAAGCAUUGGGCAAACCUAUUCCGCGGGGAAUGCUUGUGGCGAGCUGCUCUUGUGAAGUCCUAUCCUUCGGCUAGCCAAGCAAAACGGUGGCCAGGUCCAAUCCCACGAGGGUUGAGCAGACGGAGAUUUGCGGCUUUGUAUAUUAGUAAACAGAUUUUUUCUAUUGAUGGAGAUAUGGAUGAAAUAGUGGGCCAUGCUUAUCUAUUUUUGAAAGAGCAGCUUGAACUUUCAACAAUGCCACCUCCUUCCGGUGUUCUUCAUGGAACAAUGAUUGCCCUGUUGGCAGAUCAGUUCAUAGCUUGUGGAAAGUCAAGAGACGUGGCAAAUGAGCUUGCUUCACAGAUUUGGAUUGCUGUUCUUGACAAUUUAGAGGAAAAUGAGCACACCUUUCUCUUGCUAAAACGUCUCGCCCAAGAAGCUGAUGUAUUUCUCCCAUACCCUUAUUCGAGAUCAGUCAAGGUCCAGUGGAGAGUGUUCGAGAAGCUGUUCACCGAUUUCCGCGACUGCUUCAAUCACGUGGACUACUACGACAUAUUGUCGUGCGCCAAGAAUAGGUUCCAACCGAUCCCAUCAGCUUGGCUAGGUUAUUAGCCAUACUUACUGACACUUGAUGUACAGAGCUAAAGGCUCAUACCGGUUCUUGCUAUCUAAGGUGUAGUUAUGCAUGUGUAACUGUAGCAUAUUACAUAUUCUUUGGGAGCCAAACGAAAGAGCUCUUAGAAUCUGCAAGUGGCAGAUUGAUUUGAGGUA